ACAAAACAAAUAAAAAUAAUAAACCUCACUGGCUUUGCAGUCGUAAAUACGAAACAGAAAUCCGCUUGGAACCAUCUCUUGUGUCCGUUAUUUCUAUUCGGACCAUUUUCCAGGUGACACAGGAAGCGACCGUAACUAAUACAUAAAUAAUGGUUACUAAGGAGGCGAAAUGUAAAUAAACAGAAGCGCUGCUGUGAUUAAAACGCCGAGGCUUUUUUUUUUUUAGCCAUAAUUUUACCUGAAAUGAUGUAUUUAGCUACACGAUUACAAUGAACACGACUCCAGAGCGAACAAAUAAUUAAAUAAACUCACUCGGUGACAUUAUUUCCUUUAUUUUUCAGUGGACAUGAGGGCUCAUAAACAGCAGGGACGCGACGCCCAAGGACAAUUUCUUACACCCACGGUAAACAGCUACAAGACGCAUUUAGCAGCAGUGAAAUCCUUACUGCCAGAGAGAGUCAUACCCAGGCCUCUUGAUAUACGGUUGCCAAAAGACCUCAGCAAACCCAACAUGGACGUUCUGAGGGCUAAUCCAGCGAGGCAAGAUUGCAGGUUGGCUAUGUAUGGAAAAACCCUUCAUACUCCAGUACUGGCGUUUGCGAAAGAGUUCACCGGGGCAGAGCGUGCUCUGAUGUCCCAUCCAUCACCUCUGAAGAGGGGGAAAGCAAAGAGAGUCAAACCCAGUGCAGAUCUCACCAACAAGCACAGCAAGACCCACGUCGUCUUAAACACAGUCGACAUUGUGACGUCUCAUCCUCCAGGUGAUCCAGUGGCACCGAGUGACAGAUCUGCUCCAGGUUUUCCCGUGGCCUUCUGCUGUAGGAAUGAUUAUCAUGUCGUACUGGACAGACUGGACCUCAACCAUCGUGGCCUGAUGCAAUGCCCCAAUCUGGAUGGGAUGAAUAAGCUACGCUUCCUCAACCUGCAGCACAACCACAUCUCUCACCUCCCACACCUGGCUCACCUGCGACACCUCAUCUUCCUUGACGUCUACAACAACCGCUUGAUGGACAUGUCGGCCGUAUCACCACUCAGCUCCCUCCGGGUGCUCAUGCUCGGGAAGAACAGAAUGCAGAGGAUAUUCGGUCUGGACAACCUGACGAAACUCGAUGUUCUGGACUUGCACGAAAACCAGAUCAGUAGGAUCGAGAACGUGAGUCACCUAGCAGAACUCCGAGUGCUGAACUUGGCAGGGAACUGCAUUUCCAGGGUGGAGAACCUGCAGGGCCUGGAAUCUCUGAUCGAGCUUGACCUCAGGAACAACCACAUCUCCUCUGUAACGGAGGUGGACCAGCUGCCCUGUCUCCAGCGUCUCUUCCUCAGCGCUAACAGCAUCAGCAGUUUUGAUGAGCUGGCCUGUCUGGGAGACUCGUGCUCUCUGAGUGAGCUCACCCUGGAUGGAAACCCUGUAGCUCAGGAGUCAUGCUACAAACAGAACGUGCUGCGCUGCGUGCUUCCACUCCGGCUGCUGGACAUGAAGCGCAUCACAGAGGAGGACAGACGCACUGCAAAUCUUUUAGCGCGAAAGGAGGAUGAGAAGAAACGCGAGAGCCACAAACAAGCCGCUCACAAGGAGAAGCGCCGGCUGGCCAUCCGUAAUGCAGCGCAGCAGUGGGAGGAGUCCAGGAGCUUUCUGGAACUUCCAGCACAGAACGGAGCCAAGGAAGAGCUGAGCCCAGAGAACAGCCCCGCCCACAGCCCAGGACAGACCAAUGGGAUCUCUCAAGAGCCCUCACCUGAUGAGCUCAGACGAGAUAGAGGAAGUCCUGUCACUGUUCCUGAGCGUCCAGCAGGGGGCAGUGAAAAUAAAUUGCGUUCAGGCAGUCGCCCCAACAGCCCCCGAGACCCCAGAAUCCAGGAGACAGGGGGCGCCAGUGUGCAGAGUCUGUCUCUGUCUGAGAGCCACGUGGCCGAGCUGGACGGCGACACGGUGCGUCUGUUCGGUCCGGGAGCUCUGGACACUCUGGAGAGAGGCUGGGGCGUGCAGACAGCCAGCUUGGUCACUACCAUUGCCUUCCGCUAUAUCCAGUUCGACAGCAUCGUGCCCACUCUGCCACGCAUUCGCCUCAAAUUCCCCAACCUCACGCACCUGAUCUUUAUGGAGACUAAUAUAACCCGGCUGUUGCAGUUAGCAGCUCUAGCGCAGAUAAAGAGGCUGGAGCAGGUGACCAUUGAUCAGGAAGGAAACCCUGUAGUGAGCCUCACUCUGUGGCGAUCCUUCCUCAUCUACAGACUCAACCACCUCAACCUACAGAGAAUCAAUGGCACGGAGGUGACGAUGAACGACGUCAUGGCGGCCGAGCGCAUUUUUGGGACCCUGGGUCACGUAGCUUCUACUGAAACACCGCACUGUCGACUGCUUCUCCUGCUGGAGGAGUCGAGGAAGAGGCAGCUGCAGUUCUUACUGGAGGGCAGAGUUCGCAGGUUCGGAUUGAGCCCCGAGGAGCUGAGGGAGAACGGGAAGCUGCUGGGGGAGAGCAUGAGCCGGGCACUCUUUAAUUACCCCAGCAAGGACUCCAGCUCUGACAGUCCAGAGGAGAGCAGCAGUGAGGUGCUGGAGCGCAGCUCCGUGGUGGAUCAGUACCUUCGUGGACUCGUGCACUCUGCCUCCAGCACCAGCAUGAAGGGAGAAGCGUUGCACAAGCUCUGGCCCAUGAUGUUUGUAGAGAUGGUGAGGGACUGCGUGCUCGAGACAAGGGACACCACGGCGUACACGCGCGCCUGCCUCGACACGCUCUCCGACUCCAAAUGAAAGGGAGGAGAGCCAUGAAAUGGAAAGUGUGUGGAGAGAAAUGAAAGGAUGUUUACUCCACCCAGGAAAAAAAAACAAAACAACAACAACAUUCCUGCCGUCUUUUUGUCCCGUUUCCAAAAACACAGUCUCCUAUGGAGAAAUUUGAAACUUGGGUAUGACUCGGAGGGACAGACGUCCAUGCACCUCAAUAAAGCUCUGACUGAGAAAGAAGGAAUGAUCUUCGAUGAUGAAAAACAUGAUGCCUGUGAUGUUUUUAUGCUUGUUCACCCACACACAAGUGUCCCAAAAGAAUAGUAAGAGUAAUACACUAAAGCGUUUUUGCUAACGUCGGUCUUCCUAAUGGUGCUGCUAACACAGACACACAGAGAAAAAAAAACAACAAAAAAUCCAGUCUGGUUCUUAUUUUCUGUCUGCCGUCUAAACUGCGAAACACUAGAAGAGAUAAGACAAUGUUAUGUUUUAGCAUCUCGCUCUCUUUUUAUGCUGCUGGAUAAGAUCCAAAUGACUUUCUUGCACAGAGGGGUUUUUUGCGCUUUUGUUCUGUAUUUUACAGGAUAUUAAAAGAGAAUGAUGAACUUCU